AUGCCGCUGCCGCUUGAAGUCGCUGUAUUUUCGUCGCAGGACGCACUCACCGCUCAAUCCUCUGGCGCACACCGCAUCGAAUUCAAUGCCCCCGGGUCCUAUCCCGACGGCGGACUCACGCCACCACUCGACGAGCUGCGUCUGCUCUCACCACAGCUGCGCAUCCCAGCACGCGUCAUGAUUCGCCCGCGCGGCCCGCCAGCCGACGGAUCCAUGGACUUUAUCUACUCCGAAGCCGAGCUGGAGCUGAUGCGAGAGGCAGUGUCGGAGAUCAAGGCCGCAGGCGUCAUGGACGUGGCGCGGGGCGACGGGUUCGUGUUUGGCGUUCUCAAGAAGCACGAGGACGGCGGGUACGUGGUGGAUGAAGAGGUGUGUAAAGCGCUAGUUGAUGCCGCGAAGCCUGUGCCGUGUGUGUUUCAUCGAGCGUUUGAUCCGAUUGCUGAAGAGGACGGUGCGUGGGCGAGUGGUUUGGAUGCGCUGCUGCGGUGUGGGUUUGAGGGAUUGUUGACGGCGGGCGGGACACCGGGGAAGUUCUGUGAGAAUUUGGAGAGGCUGGAGGAGCUGGCGAAGCAUGUGGAUGGAAAGUUGCAGAUUGUGGCGGGCGGAGGAGUGAGGCAUCAUAAUGUCGGGGAGCCGCUGGGUGUGUUGGGCGGGUAUAAGAAGGGGAGUGUGUGGGUGCAUUCGGCGGCGUUGCGGUCGAGUGGUGAUGGAGUGGAUGAGGAGGAGCUGACGAAGCUGUUGGCGCAAAUACAAUCAUGA